ACAAAAGUGUUCUCUCACUCACGUAUCAAAGAAAAAGUUACAGAAAAUUUUGAAAACAAUAAAGGGAUAAUAAAUCUAUUAAAGGAUAUCAAUACUUCCAUCCAACUAAUAAGAAUAGAUAUUAAGCUUAGACUAUGUUGAGAAGAGUAGGAAACACAUCUUCUGGUCGUACCAUACAACAAUCAUUUAAAAGAUUCAAUUCAUCACAUCAUCAUCAUGACUCCCAUUCACAACCACCAAAGACUUUAGAAAUAAAUAUCACUAAAAUAUUCGGUAUAGCUGCUGUAGCUGGUGCUUUCUUGGUCUACAAGAACCAUGAACCAACUGACAAACCAUUAAUAGCUACUGGAUUAUAUAACCAACAAGUUAACGGAGAUCGUGAGAACUUGAGAAAUGAAAAUUACUUGAGAAGAUAUAAAACUUCCUUUAUUAAAGGUUUCAUUAGAGAUAAAGGUGGUAUAGGUCAAAGACAAAACAGAAGAAUCUCAGAUCCACCAGUCACUUCCACUAAUUUAAUCCCAACACAUUCUCCAUAUGGUAAUCAAUUUGGAGCUGGUAUAAAAACAGAUAAAUUAGGUCCAAGAAAGGAAAGAGUUAGAAUCUUUGCUCCAAUUGAUACUUCAUCUGAUUAGAAUAUCAAACCAUUAAAUCAAAAACAAAAUUACAGUAUAUUAGUCAUCACUUGCCUUUGUCAUGCUUUUGGUCUUCAUUCCAAUCAAGAAUCAAAAAGUUAUAACACAACGACAGUUAAGAAUCAUUAUCAUCAUACCUCAUGAUACUUUUUUCAUUAUAUUCAUCAUUGCAUUAUGGCAGAGUACAAUCUUGAAAACUUCAAACUCACUACCACGUUUGAAUUAAUCAGGUUGUACGCUUUCAUUUAAACCAUUUUAUUACAUUAAAAUUUUAUUAUUUCACUUUCACUUUCUCU